AUGGAUUCAAGCUAUUUUACACCUUUGAAUGUGAAAAGAGGAAACAACUCAGGUCAGCCUUUAGCAAAAGGACAGUCUCUAGAAGAACCGAAAUUUAACAAUUAUUUACAAAAAGAAUUUAGCAAUUGCAAAAAUCCUGUAGACUAUACUUACUGGCCACUGGUGGUGGAAUAUCAUAAUUUCACCCCAUUUUUUUGGGGAAGUGUCCAUCCAUGGGAACAAAAGGAAUGUCUUCGAAGGUGGCAAGGCAUAAUCAGUUAUCUGGGUUAUCACUUGAAUUGCAACUCAAGGAGUGCUUUUGUACCAGAAAAUCCAAAGGCGUUUUUACAAAAUAACUCAUGUCAGUAUGAAUUUGGUUGGUUGCUAGAUUAUUUGCUUUACGACUAUUGUCUUUUAUAUAUAUGUAUACAGACAGCUUCCUUUGAGCUAUUUCAUGAACGGUAUAAUUACCGCAGAUCUGUACAACCAUCAAAUGGGUGGGUCUCUAAAUCUCUGCAUUUUUGUUCUUUUCCCUUAAAAACCGAACUACAUUGCGAAUCACCACUGUUCACUGGAGCGAAUGACACCCAAGCAGAAAGAGCUAAGCAAAAGUUAUUCUUUCAGAAUGACUUAAAUAAUCCGGAAAUUUCGGGACAAUUGUUGCUUAUAAAGCAGGAAAUUUGUUUUUAA